GUACAAUAGUUUCAGUGUCGUUCUCGGUUCGAAACCCAAAACUUGAUUGUGAUCGUUCUCGGUUACCAAACCCCCCAAAAAGCAAUACAUACAGCAUGUGGAAACUUAGACUGAAAGUAAUACAUUUCCUGUCCGAUCAUCCAAGUAAAAGGUGCUACCCAAGAUAUUCUUUCUGCAUUCUCAUUCAAAACUGGAAACUACGACCAUGAAUGCAGUGACCCCAAAAUCAAAAGCAGCCCCUCUCAGCUCCAAUCAAACUCCCUCUAAUUUCCUAGAAGUGAGAGGUAAUUACACCUCUCCAUCCACUUCUAUUAACAACUUGCUCAGGUUUUGCAUCUCUAUGUCACAUAUAUAUUGUCACUUGCAGAAUAACAUUUAUUUUCAUAGCAUUUACAGAAUCAAAAGAUGCUAGGGCUCGUUCGAGGCGGCUUAAGAUCGUACCAGAAAACAUUCAGAGUACCAAUUCCAAAGCACUUUCUGGGACAACUCAAUGUUGAGAGGGAAAACCCACUUUCCCGUUGUCGAUGCGUCGUAUCCUCCCAGGACAUGCAGGAGAAAGGAUUGGAGAAUGUAACAGUAGCAGAUGUUCUAUUGACAAAGGGAGAAGAAAACAUUGGAUCUUGGAUUUCCUGUCUCACAAAUGACACCAUCGAGGAUGCCAUAAAGAAUAUGGCAGAGCACAAUAUUGGCUCAUUAGUAGUACUUAAGCCAGGAGAUCAACAGCAUAUCGCAGGAAUCAUCACAGAGAGAGAUUAUAUGAGGAAGAUAAUUGCAAAAGAAAGACCCUCUCGAUACACAAGAGUUGCAGAAAUCAUGACAGAUGAGAACAAGUUAAUAACAGUGACACCUGACACGAACAUUGUUCAAGCAAUGAAGCUUAUGACAGACAAUCACAUAAGGCACGUUCCAGUUCUAAAUCAAAAGAUAGUGGGCAUGCUUUCCAUCGUAGAUGUUGUCCGAGCAGUAGUCGAGCAGCAAAAUGGCGAACUGAAACGACUGAAUGGGUUCAUCAAAGGAGAAUAUUAUUAGAUAUAUGUAAUAUGUAAAAAAACACUACAGCAUCCAGUUCCUAUCUACUGUGCUAAUUGCUAUGAACCCUUCUACUCCAAACUCUUGUUAAGUAGAAUCAAUCAUGGGAGCUAAAACAAACCACAUACGUUAUACAAGUGUAAAGGAAUCUGAAUGCAGAAUUUGAUCAUGCCUGCUGGUGCUCCUACUGUAGCAAUGUGUAGAUGAAUGAAGACAAUAAACCCAAUAGAAUAUCAAUGAAAACAAGAAAUCAAAUUAUUGAUGAAAAACACAACCUAGCUCUUUCAACUAAUUAAUCAAAAGCGCCACAUACUGCAAUUGAAAAUGAGACAACAAUCCAUUCAUAUGGGCACAAGAAUCAUGCCCAGAAAAGACAGUUAAGGUUGACAUAAUUUGGACAAGAUCCUUGCUUCUCCAAUUAUGUCCCACAACACCGAUUGUCAAAAUUCCCAAGACAACCAUCCUACUGAUAUU